CAUUUUCUAUCCAUACGCAUCAUCGAGUCUCUUCAUCGCCAAUAUGACCUUAGAUCCCAAAAUCGAGUACCUCCUCAGCCUGAAAGCUGUCCGCGAGAGAGCCCACAUCGUGUUCAAGCACGCGGAACAGGGCAAGCUGCACCACUUUGACUACCAUGCGGACCGCCUAGACGAAGCCGCCAAAUAUGUCAUGGACAUUAUCGAGCGCGAUUUCGGCCCCGAUCGGUACAGCCUCAUCCCGCCGCACGGCCGGUGGCAGCAUUUCAACGUAGGCGGGGUAGACCGCAUCAGCAAGCUGCUCGAGCAGUGGGAGCAGCAAGGCUACGAUGCUCAAGAGAAAGUCCGCAGCCUGGUAGACCUGUUCUUUGUGUCGGUGUUGCUGGACGCGGGGGCGGGGGAUACUUGGCGGUAUGAGGAGGCGCAGAGCGGGGCUGUCUAUACCCGCAGUGAGGGGAUUGCUGUCGCCUCCUUGCAUAUGUUUCUUGACGGGGCGUUUGCGAAUGCGGGCUCGGAAAGGAAGGACGUCGUUCAUGGCGAGGCGCUGGGGAAUAUCACGGUGGAUGCCAUCCGUCGUGGAUUUCAGGUGAACGAUGGGACGAACCCUCUGGUUGGAGCGACGGCCCGGACAGAGAUUCUUCAAAGACUGGGUGCCUCGUUUCUGAGGCUCCAGGAUGUGUUUGGGCCGUCUGGACGCCCGGGGAAUUUGGUCGACUACCUCCUAAAGCAGGGGACCGGAGCAACCAUCGACUACAGCGACCUGUGGAGCGCCCUGCAAAGAACCCUCAUCCCCGUCUGGCCAAGCGACCGCACCCGCGUCCAUGGACAGCCCAUCGGAGACGCAUGGCCGCUAAAGGUCCUAGCAGAAGCCCUAGAGUCCGACCCCGACACCGAAACAGCGUCCAUCCAGCCAUUCCACAAGCUGACACAGUGGCUCGCAUACUCGCUCAUGGUACCAUUCCAACGGCUCCUGUCCGCGACCUGGAAAAAUGCAGACCUUGGCACCGGGCUACCGGAGUAUCGCAACGGCGGGCUGUUCGUCGACAUGGGCGUCCUCACCUUGAAAGAGGAGGCACAGACCAGGGGCCUGGCGGCCGCGGGGAGUAGUAAUGGCCUGCCGUGUUUCAGUGCCGGGGGUGAUGAGAUUGUUGAGUGGCGUGCGAUGACGGUCGCCUUGCUGGAUGUGCUGCACCAGCGGAUUUUGAACAGUGGUCGGUUUGGCAGUGUACAGCUGAGUUUGCCGCAGAUGCUGGAGGCUGGGUCUUGGAAGGCGGGUCGCGAGCUUGCUGCUGCGAAGCGGCCUGAUACUAAGUCUAGCCCUAUACUCAACUCUGGAGAUGGGACUCUGUUUUGAAGGGUUGCGCUUUAGGUCUACUACCUACAUGCUUUAAUAUCUGACGCAUCGGCUAUGACCAAUACUCGUGGUUAGUAUAUCUAAUCGAAUGAAAAGCUGGCUGUGGAAGAACAAGAUCAUGCAAUUGAAAUCCUUGACAAACUAGUAGCAAAUUAUAGUCAGAAAAUUUGAGGUCACAAUUUGUGAGUCAUCCCAUCUCAGUGUGAUACGGAGAUAUCCCCUAGGU